AUGGCGGGGGUGGCGCUGUGUGAGCCCACGGAGCUGUACAACUUGUUGAACCAAGCCAACAGGGUCUCUCGGCUGGCAGAGCCCAACUACCUCUGUUUACUGGACGCCCGCACCAAGAGAGAGUACGAAGACCACCUGACAGCCAUACGAGCCAAAACGAAUCCGUUGGGCAAAUACAUGGUUCCCGAGUCGGUAAACCUAGAAUGCGUCAGGCACUGUGUGGUUUACGACGGCGUCACCAGUUCCGUCGAGGCGGCUUUCGACAUGGACUAUGACUUGUACGAAGUGGACAAAGAGCUGAAGCCUUUCGACACAGGGACAGACAUCGCACAACUGAGACACAAGCCGUCCUCUGAGGAAAACGCUAAGGACGGAUCCGCGGCCCGUUGCGCCAGGGUCAUGCAGCGCGUCACCCUCCCGUCUUGGUCUCGGGCCUCGGCGGCUAUUCAACUGUUCACCCGAUACUACCAUUAUCUCAGGAGCCAGAAGAUAUUCUGGAUGCCUCGUGAACUGGAAGCUUAAACCUAUCCGGUGGAGAUCCUGCCCCAGAAGCUCUACAUGGGGAACUACUCAACCCAAAGCCUGCGAUAGCCAAUCCAGAAAGAUCUGAAAAUCAAAGCCCACAUCAACGUCUCCGAGGAGGAGGGCCCAGUUUCGUCCGGAGACAGCGACAAGCUCCUUCACACUGUCCCAGAUUCAAGGAAGCAAGAUAUCUCUCCCUACUUCAGCGACAUCUGCCACUCAUUGAACGAGAACAAGGACACUCGCAUACACAAAGAAGCCGUCCUGGUCUUCUCUACGCUGGGCAUCAAGCCGAGCAGCACGGCGGUCUUGGCCUACCUGAUCCAUUCCGAUUUGACAGGCAACGCUUGGAGCUACGUCCAGAAGUGCAAGAACAACAUGCGUCCCAACGGGCUGGGCUUUGUGCGACAGCUGUCCGAAUGGGAAGAGCGCUAUAUUUCACCGCCCAAUUCACCGACAUCUCGAACCCAAUUACUGAGCGGCGGCGGCGGCGGCCAUCUCUCUCCAGAAUGCCAGGCUUUGAAGGGACAGGGCUCUCCUUUCAAGUGGGAUUUCUUCCAUCGCUGUUUGAUCGGGAAGAAUAAGAGGGAACGCUUUGUCUUUUAA